CGAGAGGCGGCAUAUGUCCAUAGUUGGAGUUAUCGUGAACAGUGGAAGUAGUGCUAAUUAAAAGUGUUACAAAAUGCUGCGAGCAUAAUAUCGCCAACCAUGAACUACGGUCCAGCUGCAAUGGCAAACACCAUAGAUGGAGAGCGGAACUUCUUCGCGAAGGCCACACAACACUUGGCCAGGGCACUAGCAGGGCAGAAGAAUGCUAAGAUGGAUAAGGUGGCGCGCCUCAUCAGCCUGCUGCCGACGGUGCCGGCCGAGGGCCCGUUCCAAGUGGGCCGACGCGGCCAGGAGGCCGUCUGGGCGCUGGCCAUCUUCCUGCUUGAGUCGCGCCUGCAGCACCUGGACGUCAUCUUGCCGCGCCUGCUCGAGCUGCUCAGCGCCCUGCCGCGUGCCACGCGCUUCGAGGACUUCCGCAUCCACCUCUCUGACCGGCACCCUUCCAGCGAGCGGUUCGCGUUCUGCCUGGCCACGGCGCUGUCGGACGUGGCGGCGCAGCGGCCCGACAAGCGCUCGGCCAUCCUGGCCGCCCAGGUGCGCGUGUUCGCCGACUUGGUGGGCGCGGUGCGCGCGCGCCGCGACAGCCCCGACAUCGGCCCCAUGUCCGCCAGAGUGCAGCUGUGCGCGACGACGGUGCCGCUGCUGAUCGGCCUGGCGCGCGCCAUCGGCCGCUCGUCGGUGCAGGAGCCGCCGCUCUUCUUGCGUAUCUUCCCGCGCCCGGUGCCGCCGCCGGCAGCGCCGGCGCCGCCGCCCGUCGACAGCCGGCCGGCCAAGCGCUCCUUCAGCAACUUCCGCUCCAUCAUCCCACGUUCCAUGAGCAGCAACUUCCCGUCGGGCACCGACCUCAGCGUGGUGGACACGUCGCGCCCGUCGGGACGCGACCCCCGUUCCCGGCCGCCGAUGCUGGCCACACAACCGUCGGUGCCCCUGGACCCGCAGUACCAAUACUUCUGCAAGUUCGGCUCCAGCUUUCAGCCGAGCCAGCCGGCCGUGGCCGGGCAGCGCGAGUGCAAGAACCCGCUCGUGUUCUCCGUGCAGCAGCUGGAGGAAGUGCUCAGCCUGGCCAAGUACCUGCUGGUGAAGGACGUGCUGACCUUCCUAGAUGACCAAGCGACCGACGUCUUCUCGUCGGAGCCGAACGCCAUUUUCCCCUACCAGACGUUCAACGAGAUCCUGAACCUGACGAUCGCCGCCCUGUUGAGGGAGCUGCUGCAGCAAUCAGACGGGUGCGACCUGCCGGCGCCGUUCACCCGCGACGUGCAGGAGUUCAUCAAGGGCCUGUUCCUGUCGGGCCAGACGGAGCUGCAGAGCCGGCAGCAGGACGAGGCCGAGGCCGCCGACCGUCGACACAACUUCCAGGCCGUCAACAAGUACAAGCUCAACGUCCAGGCGAACGCCGCCUGCGUCGAGCUGCUGGUCUGGGCCGUCAAGGACGAGGCUGGGGCGGACAGCCUGUGCAGCCGGCUGACGGAGAAGCUGACCUCGGGCCACGGCCACCGGAUGGUGCUGGCCCACAUGCCGCUGCUGCUGGUCUGUCUGCAGGGCCUCGGCGAGCUGGCGCAGCGGUUCCCAGCGAUCGCCUCCAGCUGUAUCCGCUGCCUGCGAGACUUCCUGGUGCUGCCGUCGCCGAUCCUGACCCGGCUGCAUCGGCAGCAGAGUGACGUCAUCACGCCAUCGGGCCAGAGCAUCACGCUGACAGUGACGGACACGACGGCGGCGGCACGGGCCGGCCGCAGCUCCGACUCUGCCCUGGGGCAGCUGCGAGACGCCGCCAUCGAGAACCUCUGCGUGGCGCUGAAGGCGGGCCACACGUACGACGAGGUCACCAUCAAGGCGUUCGUGGCGUCCGUCUCUAACCGGCUCUUCACCGCCACGCACCGCACGAACGACUACAACCUGAUCACGUACAACCUGAUUAUGGCGCUGGGCCAUGUGGCUGUGGCGCUCAAGGACACGCCGGACACCACCUACUCGAUCCUGCAGUUCUUCAUGCAGAUCUUCUGCCGCCGACCCAGUGAGGUGGACGUGCUGAUCGUCGACCAGAUGGGCUGCAUGGUGCUCGCUCGGAGCGAGCCGCGUGUGUACGAAGAGGUGAUGAAGGUGUUCACCUUGAUCACGGUGGAGUCGAGCAGCACAGCGUAUUCAGAUCAGUCAACCGGCGAUGACCGCGGCAAAGACUACAGGCACGUCUCCCAGCCGGUGAUCAACGCGCUGGCCAACAUCGCGGCCCAGCUGCAGGGUGAGGCUGAGCUGCACGACCUGCUGGUCAGACUCCUGGAGUUGUUCGUCCAGCUGGGCCUGGAGGCCAAGCGCGUCUCUGAGAAGGCCAUGGGCUCGCAGAAGGCGUCCAGCUCGGCCGGCAACCUGGGCGUGCUGAUCCCGGUGCUCGCCACGCUGGUGCGCCGCCUGCCGCCCAUCCGCAGCCCGCGGCCGCGCUUGCACAAGCUCUUCCGCGACUUCUGGCUCUACUCGGUCGUCAUGGGCUUCACCGUACAGGACUCGGGCAUCUGGCCGGUGGAGUGGUACGAGGGUGUCAAGGAGAUGGCUAUCAAGUCGCCGCUGCUCAUCAGCUCCCAGACGUCGUUGGCCUCCGAGAUGCGCGAGCUGCAGCACACCUCCGCGCUGCGUAACGACGCCGUCUCGCUGACGGAGCUGCAGGAGCUGAAGAUGCAGAUCCUCAACUACCUGGAGCACCCGGCCGAUGUGACGGCCGUCAUACACAAGCUCUCGUUCGCCCAGUGUACCUACCUGCUGUCCGUCUACAAGCUGGAGAUGCUCAGGGUGCAGAACCAGGAGGACACGAGCUUCCACGCCAUGUUUGAGUACCUGAACGACCCGGCCAUCCAGAGGGACAAAUACAACAUGUGGCAGUGUAUGAACAGCGUCGGCGAGCGGGUCUUCUCCAGCUUCCUGGACGUGAUGAACGACAAGCCGAAGAACUGCGCGCGUGAGCAGGAGCUGGCGCGGCACGCCCAGUUCCUGCUGGUCCACUUCAACAGCCCACACAAACAGAUCCGCCGUGUGGCCGACAAGUUCCUCUCCCAGAUGGUGGACAGGUUCCCGCACAUCCUCUGGAACGCGACCGUGCUCACCACCAUGCUGGACAUCCUGCAAGUGCUGAGCGAGUCGCUGCAGCAGAAUCCGAACGAGGCGUCGCCGGACCUGCGCGUGCCCGGCGCCCCCUACCGCCUGGUGCUGCAGGAGACGCGCGAGGCGCGAGAGACGACGGUGAAGGACUUCGCCGCGCGCUGCCAGGGCAUCAUCGAGGAGGCCAUGAAGUGGGCGCCUGCUACGACCCGCUCGCACCUGGUCGAGUACCUGCGGCGGCCAGCCGGCGGCCACCACGCCGGCCUAGCGUUGGCGCUCGAGUCGGGUCUGCAGUUCGCCGGCCUCUGCCCGCAGGCCGCCCCGCUCGCCGCGGCCACGCUGGCCAAGCUGCCCGACUGCGUGAAGAACAACAGCUCGGAGCUGGUGGCGGCCGUGGCGCUGCGCUGCAGCUACGCCGGCGAGGUGCGCGGCCUGCAGGCGGCCGGCUCGGCCCGCCAGCUGGCCGCCCAGCUGAGGGACAGCUGGCAGCGGCGCGACGAUGCGCAGCAUGCGCGCGCCCUGCUGCGCGUCACAGCGCUGCUCAUCGACACGCCCGGUCUGGACCGCGAGCUGCUGCACCUGGUGGCCUGGUCACCGGCGUUCGUGUUCACCGAGUCAUCGAUGCGCGCCGGCAUUCAGUGCUGGGAAUGGGUGCUGUCGGCGCGCGUCGACCUGGAGAUCAGCUUCCUCAGAGAGAUGUGUGCCGCAUGGCAGUACACGAUAGACAAGCGUCUGGGCCUGUUCAGUGAGCAGGAGCCGGAGGUGAACCCGCUGGCCGUGUACGAAGGCUGCUCCAUCGAGGCCCGGCCGCCCUAUGUGGUGCCCCACCACCUCUGGGUCCAGUUUCUGCUGGAGCGGGUGGAGAUCGCGCGCUACCGCAGCCAGGACCAGGUGGAGCUGCUCUGUAACCUGCUGCACGGCACGCUGUCGCUCUCCGUGGGCGACCAGCAGAGCUUCAUCACUCGCCAUGUGGCGGCCGUGGGCACGCGCGUCCGCCUGCUCACGUGCGGCCUUAUCCUGCUGCAGGCCGAUCUGCUGCCAAAGACCCAGGGCAAGGGGGCGCUGCGGGAGCGGAUCUAUUACGCGUGCCUGGACUACUUCUGCGGCCAGCCGCGCUUCCCCUCGCCGGAGCAGUCGGCCGGCACGCUGCGCGAGGACAUCACCGUGCUCAUCCGCUUCUGGCAGAACAUGCACUCGGACAAGAAGUACCUCAAGACCAGCAUGAUCGGCGACUUCAGCGAGUGGAACAUCAUGGGCACGCGCGAGGUGGCCUCGUCGCGGCCGCCGGCCAGCGAGUUCAACCCGUCCGUGACGGGCUGGUUCAACACCGUGCCGCUGACGUCCAACAGCUCGACGCUGUCGCGCCGCUCCGCCAAGAACCGGCUCACCAACCCGGACGUCUACGUCAAGGACUACAUCAAGAAGCGCAACCUCAUCCUGGCGCUGCUGUCGGCGGAGAUCGAGCGCCUGCUCACCUGGCACAACCCGCAGAACCGAGCCGAGCUGCACAUCGCCGGCGAGGAGCACAUGGCCACGUGGCGCGCACAGCCCGUCAGCGAGAAACAGUGGCGCGACCACAUCCGACUGGCCUGGGACAUCAGCCCGCCGCUGGCCGUCAUGCUGCCGGAGCGGUUCAAAGAGGAGGUGAUUCGACGGGAGGUGAGCCGGCUGGUGCGCAGCCGACCGCAGGCCGUUUGCCACAUCUCUGAGGCGCUGCAGUACCUCACCACGCCCGAGCACAUCGUCAACGACAUCAUCGAGCUGUCGCACGCGCUCACCUGGGCCAAGCAGCCGCCGGUGUCGGCGCUGGCCUUCUUCUCGCGCCAGUACCCGCCGCACCCGAUCACGGCCCAGUACGCCGUGCGCGUGCUCAGCUCCUACCCGUCCGACACGGUGCUCUUCUACAUUCCGCAGCUGGUGCAGGCCGUGCGCUACGACACGAUGGGCUUCAUCACAGAGUUCAUCAAGCGCGCGUGCGCCAAGUCACAGAUCCUGGCGCACCACGUGAUCUGGAACAUCGAGACCAACAAGUUCCGCGAUGAGGAGGGCCAGGUCAAGGACGCGGACCUGUACGACACCCUGGAGAACAUCCGGAACGCCAUCGUCUCGUCACUGUCUGGGCCGGCCAAGGCGUUCUACGAGCGCGAGUUCAGUUUCUUCCAGAAGAUCACCAAUGUGUCGGCUCAGAUCAAGCCGUUCCCGAAAGGUCCUGCUCGCAAGGAGGCUUGUCUGAAGGAGCUGCACAAGAUCGAGGCUCAGCCCGGGUGCUACCUGCCGCCUAUCCCCGACUGCCGGGUGCUCGCCAUCGACUACAACAGCGGCACGCCCAUGCAGAGUGCCGCCAAGGCGCCCUACCUGGCCCGGUUCCGCGUGGAGAGGUGCGGCAUCAACGAGCUGGAGCAGCAGGCCAUGCUGAUCGGGGAGCCGGCCGAGCGGCGGCCCUCCAUGGGACCCGAGAAGUGGCAGGCCGCCAUAUUCAAGGUGGGCGACGACGUGCGUCAGGACAUGCUGGCGCUGCAGGUGAUCGAGCUGUUCCAGAACAUCUUCCAGCAGGCCGGCCUGGACCUGUUCCUCUACCCGUACCGGGUGGUGGCCACAUCGCCCGGCUGCGGCGUCAUUCAGUGUGUGCCCAAGGCCAAGUCCAGGAGCGACCUGGGCAAGGAGACUGACUUCGGGCUGUUCGAGUACUUCCUCACGACGUACGGCCAUGCGUCCAGUGCCAAGUUCCAGGACGCCCGGCGGAACUUCGUCAAGUCCAUGGCGGCCUACUCGCUGGCGCUGUUCCUGCUGCAGAUCAAGGACCGGCACAAUGGCAACAUCAUGAUCGACGAGGCCGGCCACAUCGUGCACAUCGACUUCGGCUUCAUGUUCGAGUCGUCGCCGGGCGGCAACAUCGGCUUCGAGCCGGACAUCAAGCUGACGGCCGAGAUGGUGAUGGUGCUGGGCGGCCGGCUGGACGCCGAGCCCUUCAAGUGGUUCAUGGAGCUGUGCCUGCAGGGAUACCUGGCCAUCAGGCCGUACUGCGAGGCCAUCAUUUCGCUGGUGUCCCUGAUGCUGGACACCGGGCUGCCCUGCUUCCGCGGUCAGACCAUCAAGCUGCUGCGGGCCAGGUUCGCCACCACCUGCAGUGAGAAGGAUGCGGCCGCCUACAUGACCAAGGUCAUCAACAACUCGUGCCUCAGCUUCCGCAGCAGGACGUACGACAUGCUGCAGUACUACCAGAACCAGAUCCCCUACUAAAGGGAUGCUGUGCUACCAGAACCGGAUCCCGUGUGAGGGGGACGACUCGCCACCGGCACCGGAUCCACACUGUGGUGGUGCUGUGCUGUGGAGCUGGUCCUUCCUUGCAGGCCGCAGCGCUGCUGCGACCAUAUC